AUGGAGGAGCAGACAAUAAACCUGCCGCAGCUGCUCAUAUUGCUCCUACUCGGAGGUCUCGCCAUACGAUACUUCUUUUUCGCGUCAAGUCCGACUACGUCGCAGACCAGAAGUGCUACGUCAGCAAACAACAUACGCGCGAGGGAGGCCGAUGUGGAACGAAUACAACAGGUGUUCCCGCAAGUAUCGCGGCGGAACAUAAUGUGGGAUCUACAGCGGAACGGAGGAAACGUGGUUGCUACAACAGAGAGGAUAUUGAGUGGCAGAGGGUUGGAACCCUCACAACCUGAUCUGAUUACAAGAUACAAUCUGAAAGCCAAACUAGCAGAAGAAGCCAGUAGACGAGAGAGCUCAGACAGCGCGGUCGAAGAGGAGCAGGCCAAGCAAAAGCAAGGCCAAGCUUGGAGCCAGAAUAAAGGCGAAAGACAGGCCUUACUACAGAGGAGGAGGGAAGAGAUGAUUCUAGCGGCGAGGAGGAAGAUGGAGGCCAAAGUUGCGGCAGAAUCGGGGCAGACGAACCAAAGUCCGUGA